AUCAAUUGAUGAAAAAGUUGAAUUAGCAACUGAUAAAUUGUUGAUUAAUUUUGAUAAUGAAAUUCUUAAAAUUAUUCCUGAGAGAGUUUCAACUGAAGCAGAUGCAAUUUUAUCAUUUGACACUGAAGGGACUAUUGCUAAAGCUAACCAUUUGAUUGGACUUUAUGAGGAAGCUGAUAUUGUUGCAUGUGCUGAGGCAGGCAUAACUUUGGUUUCACCAUUUGUUGGUCGUAUUCUUGAUUGGUAUAAGAAAAAUACAGGACGAGAUUUUUCAGCCAAAGAAGAUCCAGGUGUAAAAUCUGUCACUAAAAUUUAUUAUUAUUAUAAAAAACAUAGUUAUAAAACUAUUGUUAUGGGUGCUUCAUUCUGUAACACAGGGGAAGGCAAAGAAUUAGCUGGUUGUGAUCUUUUGAUUAUUAGUCCAAAAUUGUUAGAACAAUUACAUUCUGAUACUAAAAAAACCAUUAAACGUAAUCUAAGUCCUGAAAAUGUUAAAACAUCGUAUGAAGAAAAAGUUACCUUUGAUGAAAAAGGUUUCAGAUGGGCACUUAAUGAAGAUGCUAUGGCUACAGAAAAACUUGCUGAAAUUUUGCAAGCGAUGUUGCAAAAUUAA